AACACGCAAAACAAUCUCACCGUCAGCAUUUGGGCUCUCCAAGACUGCAUCCUAGCGAUGACUAUACUAAGUGUAUAGAUUAUCGGCAUUGUGUUUUUCCGUUCUCAUCCAUAUCCCCCCGGGGGAUCACUUUGAUUUGCGAGAUGCCGCUGCCAUACAUUGACACGCCACGAACCGAAGUCGAUGGAAACGCUACAUAUCUGACAAACGGCUUACGAAGCGCCUAUCGUGGAAACUUGUCUGCUUUAGACUCGGUCGAAAAUUCUUUUCAGACACCGUCAAAAGAUGAAGACAUUAUCAAGACUCUGGAAGGCGAACGGCGCGUUUCUGACAAACCCAACUUGAAUACACCUCGCGCAUCCAGCUCGGCAGCUAGAACGACGCGCAAUGUACUGUAUGACCGACAAAACUUACCAACGGCGGCGGUACCGAAGGGCGAGUUCACACCGAUGAUGCGAAGCGUGACGCGAAAUAACUACCUUCGAAAUUUGUCGGCUGUGAAAGCAAGUGCUGCUCCCAAAACCCCGGCAUACCUCAGACAAGGAAAUCGAAGUAACGGAAACACACCUGGGCUCCCUCAAAUCGAUACUACCGACCUCUUUGACGAAGGUGCGACUAGCUCUCUAGCUGUUCAUGAUGUGACACCCUUACCCCAGGUCGCCAGUAGCAGCCCGCAGAGCACCCCUUUGCCAUAUUUAUCGCGAAGCGGGAAUGGGCUUCUGUCAGAGAAUGAUCAAAAUAUGUUGUCUUUGAAGGAGCAGGAAAAUGCAAUUGAUAGACUGGACAAAGAGAAUUUUGGAUUGAAACUGAAAAUUUUCUAUUUACGAGAGCAACUAGAGAAGGCCGGUCCAGCCUAUAACCAGGCAGCGUUAAAGGAAAACACAGAAUUGAAAGUGCUCAAAGUUACUCUGCAGAGAGAAAUAGCUCGAUACAGAAAAAACCUUGUUCAUGCAGAACGUGAUCUAGAAGCUUACCGACGGCAACUACAGGAGUUGCGCGAAAAAGCCAAAAGAAGACAGGCAGAGGAAAGUGUUCAACGUGAGAUGGAUUGGAUGCGCGAAGAAAUUGCAACUAGAGAGACACAAGUCGCCAGUCUUCGAGAGGAGUUGCAAAAUGCUAAAGAAAACGAAUCAGAUGAACUUGGGAGGCUACGGGAUGAGAUCGAAGAUCUUGAAGCGACUCUGCGCGAGAAAGAUCGUAUCAUUGACGAGAAAGAUGACGCAAUCGAUCAUCUUAAAGAAUCCAACUCCAAAGAUGAUGAUGCUGUAGGUGAUUUGGAGGCUGAGCUAGAGCGCGUGAAGCAAAAUUUGGAGGAGCUCCAAGGGGAUUUAGAUCAAGCAAAGGCGAAUGCGCAAGAAGCUAGUCAAAGCCAGAGAGUGGCUUUGCAGGAAAAGGAAAAGGCGGAAGAAAACCUCAAGGAGCUUCAAGAAGAAAUGGCAAACAAGUCAUUUUCUACAAAAGGUCUCAGCCGCCAGCUUGAAGAAAGAACUUCUGAACUUGAAGAAGAAAUCCGAAACCUCCGUCAGGAACACCAUGAACUGAAAGAGGACUAUGCUGCCAAAGAGCGUCGGGAAGAGGUGUUAGAAGGACAACUGCAAGAAGUUCAGGAGGAGCAUGUUACUGAGCUGGAAGCUCUCCGCGAAGAAAGUGACAACGCAGAGCGACAGAGUCAGCAAUGGCGAACCGAACGAGACGAAGCCUUGAGUCGAUUGCAGGUGGUACUUGAUGACCUUGACCGCAAGGCUGAGGAGAAAGAACUUCUCCAAACCCGCCAUAACACUCUGACAGAAGAAUCAGCUAGUUUGCAGAGAGAAUUAGCUAAUGCACAAUCUCUGAUUCGCCGCCUCGAACAAGACAUAGAUGAUGAAAAACAGCGCGGCCUUGAUAAUAACCACGAUCUCCGAGCACAGCAAAAAGAGGAAGUGGAACGCUUGCAGGAAGAAAUUGAGUCGUUACAACAGGAAAUUGAAGACAAAGAAGGUCAAUUCGCACUUGAACAAGAUCGAUGGGAGAGUGAACGACGAACUCUCCAGUGGCAGAAGGAAAGAUCCGAAAAAGAAGCUACGGGGUAUAAACAGACGGUUGAGAAGCUCCAGGAUAUUGAUGUGACUGCGUCUGGUCGUGAGGCAAAACUUCAGGAAGUUAUCGAUAGUGAAAAAGACCGACAUUUGCAGGAAGAAGCUGUCCUUAGCCGCCAAGUCAAAGAGUUAAAUGAAGAUGCCGCAUCAAAGAGGCAGACAAUCAACGAUCUGCGAAAUGAGUUAUUGAAGACUCGUGAAGACCUUCGAGUGAGCCGGCGUGAAGAAGAAGCCUUGAAGGAGAAAAUCAAAGCCCUUGAGGACGAGGUCGCGAUCGUACAAGCAAGCUUGCGAGAAGAGAAAGAGUAUUCAAAAGGGCGAGCUCUUACAAAUGCAUCUGACCAAGGAGGCCAACUGCAGAAGGUUCUCUCCGAGCGGCAAACACUUAGGGAUCAGCUUGCCAAUGCGAACGUUGAAUUACACAGCCUUCGUGUUUCAACGAAGGAGCUCGAGGCUGAGCGCGAUAUACUGCAGAAGGAAAUCGAUCGUAUUGGUAGCAAGGCUAGCGGAAGCCUUCCAUUUGAUCAGGAGAAGAUUGAUCUUCGAAAAGCCAAGCUUCGACUCGAAAAUGAGCUCCAACGACUAGGCUAUGAGAAGACUACCCUGCAAGAUGCACGGAACUCUCUUGAAACCGAAUUAAAUGCCGAGCUCGAACGUUCUACGGCAGAAGAAAGACGGCUUUCAAAUGAAAUACACCAGUUACAGGACAAAUUGCAUAUGAUAUCUGGUUCCCGAGACCGAGAGUUGGCUCAAGCAAAGAGCAAGGUGCAGAGUUUAGAGAGAAGGAUAUUGGAUCUGGAAAACAUGCUGGAGAAACAGGAACCAAUCCAUGUGGAUGUUUCAACAGUUGGUGUGGACAUCUCCGUACUUCGCCAAAAUCUUGAGGAGGCACGGAAAAAAGAGAAGACACUAACCGAACGUGAAACGCAUCAUCGAAAGACCACUCGAGAGCUAAAAAAGAGAAUUUCGGAACUAGAACAAGAACUUCAUGAGGCUCAAUUGAAGAAAUUGGAUGUUCGAUCUCCUGAGAAGUCACCAUCUGGUAAACUUCAAGAGGAACUCCGAUCAUUGCGCAAGAAGCUGACAGACGCACACAAAAAUGUCAACGAACUCCAGCUGAGGAAUCGGGAAUUAGAGCGCGGAGUGAUUGGAGAGGAAGACCGAAAAGAUCUUCAUGAAUUGCUGAAGUCAUCAACACUCGAAGCAGAGUCGCUCGCAUUGAAACUUUCUGAGCGAGAUGCCCGAGUCAGCGAACUCAAAGCAUCUCUUCGACGAAUCCGCGAAGAACGCGCUUCUGCUUUCAAGGAGGUGGAUAGAGCCAACCAUGAGUGCCAAGCUCUCCAAGACCGCUACGAUCAGCUUGUCGAGGACCAGGCUGGUAGGGCUGAUAAUAAGGGUCGGCAUGAGAAGGAACUUCGCGGCCUCGGAAAAGAAAUCAUCUGGCUCAAAGCAAGAUUGAAGCGAGAAGAGAAAUUCCGUAAGGAUCUCGCAUGGAGUAAGGGCUUGAUGGAGCUUGGAGAGCGGAUUCGCGUUGCUUGCAACGAGGCUGAUCUCCGUAUGAUCGCACAAAUGGGGAUUAAGGCGCCUGAGUCGAGUAAGCUACACGAUGCUCGCCGUAAGCUUCGAACCGCAGGUCUUAUGGUCGUGGCAACCAUCAGAAUGCAACGCAUGACUCAGGAAUGGCGUUGGGCACGGAAAGUCGGCGAAGGACUUCACCGCGCCAAGAACGAACUGAUACGAAAAAGAGAUAAUCAAAAAUCUGCUAAACGGAAGUGAUAGUCUGAAUUAGACAAGUUCUUAUGCGUUGGUGUUUGGGUGCAGGUUUCUGUUGGUUCUUUUUUUGUGCUGUUGCGUCAUGAUUCCCAAGGCCCGUUUUUGCUCCUCUUCUCUUUACUUUUUUUCUUUGGCCAGGAUGCAUUUUUUGGUUGUGUUUUCACUGUCAAUGAUGAUAUCAAUGAAGGGGCAUGAUGAAUUGUAUAUAGCUUUCAAGUGGGCGUGAAUGUUCAUUUUUAUCGGUAUGGCGUUUAGAAACAUGUUGCAUUUCUACAUGAAUCGGAAACCUUUGAGAGUUUGGAAAUAAUGCCUUUGUAGUUUCAC